AUCAGCGAAGACCCGAUUUUUGUACCAGGUGUCUGGGGACCUUAUUUCUCAGCCAUGGUCCCUGGCUUCUGGCUGAAUGAAGGUGGUCAGAGUGUUACUGGCAAAUUGAUAGACCACUUGGUGCACGGCCAUCCCGCCUUCCCUGAACUGCAGGCCAAGGCUGCAGCCAGAUGCCAGAGUAUAUAUGCAUAUUUGAACAGUCACCUGGAUUUGAUUAAGAAGGCUCAGCCUGUGGGUUUCCUCACUGUUGAUUUACAUGUUUGGCCAGAUUUCCAUGGCAACCGGUCUCCCUUAGCAGAUCUGACACUGAAGGGCAUG